AGCUGCAAUUGCAGUAUUGUACAACAGCUCGAUCAGACAUGACUCAAAAAGAAUCGCAAGUUGAGAAGAAAAAUGUCUUCCCGAUAGAUAAGAGCUAUUUAUACUUCACUCUCAAUGUUUUAAGUUGUCUCGGUAUAUGGAAUCCAUACAAGGAGAAAGGACGCAAGUACUGGCUCUAUCAAAUCUACAUAAUGUACUAUUGCGUUGUAAUAAUGAUGUUGAGAAUAUUAACUGUAUUGGUGCGGGCUCUUAAUUCGACAAAUUCCACGCAAUUCUGUCAGGAAUUCUCAUUACUGGCGGUCUUGAUUUGCGAUGCCAUUAAAGGUUUCACAUUUAUAUUCCACCGACCUGAAGUGUUAACGAUUCUUGGUAUAUUCAACUGGGAGCGACACAUCUUAGGAACAGAACAAAUUAAAUACUAUAGGAACCGAGUGAUAACGACAGCGAUGCUGGCGUCAAAGAUAUUCACCAUAGCGGUUGCCAUUUUUCUAACGAAUUACUUCCUGUUUUAUUUCUAUGUCAUAUGGAAAUAUUCGGAUUACGAUGUGAAGAAGUUGCCGAUAGGUUCGCCACCUCUUAAAUAUUGUUUCAUACUAUCAAAUUACUGGGUGGCCAUCGGCAUUGAUUUUGUGAUAUUCACUGCUUUGGGAUUGAGUGCAGUUUGUCAUGAUGCCUUCAUCAUGGGGGUGUUGAUAAACCUGAUGGGACAGUUAAAAAUACUCAAUUACCGUGCGGAGAGGAGCUCCAUGACGAAUUUGGUCAAGUGCACUGAUGAAGAAAUUGCGGAGAAUUUCAAGUUCACUCAGUUUGAGUGCGUUGAAAGGGAGUGCAAUGAUGAGUCUGUAACCCUUGAUCCCAAUGAAGAGCUCAUCAACUGCAUCAGGCAUCAUCAGCAGCUUUUAAAGAUUCUAGAUAUAUUCAAACAUGUAUAUAACGUGGUGCUACUACCUCAAUUAUCCGUUAGCUUAGUAUUGAUCAUCGUCAGUGGAUUACAAAUGAUGCUCGUCAAAGAAGGAGGGAACCUUGAUGGUACAAUGGUGGCUGUGGUUUUCUGCAUAACAGCUGUCAUUCAACUUUUUGCGUUCUGUUGGGGUGGUAACAUCAUUCUCGUUGAAAGCGAUAAAACAAGCUUUGCCAUUUAUUCAUCCCAGUGGUACGAUCGAGAUAUUGUGUAUCGAAAUAAUGUUAAAAUAUUCCUGAGCCUCGUGAGGAACCCUCUCAUCGUUAGUGCUGGUGGACUCUUUGACUUAUCAGCUGUGACAUUCAAAAAUGUAUACAAUUUUCAAAUUACGCUGGGGAAGUCUUUCAAAUUUCUGAUGAGAGCUUUUUUUUCAGAUUCUGGCGAAAGCAUAUUCAGGUGUUGCAGUGUUGCAGAAUGUACAGGAAUAACCAUUCAAUUGGAAUUGGAAUAGUCUCUUUCUAGGUUAAGCAAUUCUUCACGAGCGGUUACACGAUGAGUGAAUAUGAAUAAAUGCGAUGACACGUUGAGUUCACCAAAUUUUUACCCUUCAAAGCCUUAAAUAAUUAACGUCACUUUAAGGAAAAAAAUCGAGCGAACACAGUACUGUUCAAAAUAUGGCAUAUCCACUCUAUUCAUUUCGUAUCAGCAGUUCCUAAGCGCUCGCACUUUGGGCCUAAUUCCUAUGAUGAUAAUUUGCAGCAGUUAAUCUAAUCUUCUGUAUUUCCAGUCAAAUUUACCUUUCAAAUUUCUACCACAAA